AUGGCAGCUUUAAUCAGUCGUCCAUAUCCUGAUUCAAUGAAUAAUAAUAGUGGACUAGCCUUCGUUCGAUUAGGAGAUGGAGAAACGAAACUUUUAUUUGGACGUUUGAUUAAGACUAUUGACCAAUGGUCAAUGCCUCGUGGUCAAUCAAAAUUAGGGAAAGAUUUAAGAAAAGUAUUGCAUUAUCCGAAAUAUCAAUAUAAUACAUUUAGUCCAUUUUAUUAUGGAAUUUAUGAUACUAAAGGCCUUGUUGUAAGCGCUGUGUAUAAAUAUGCAGAUGCAAUUAUCAAGACGUUUAGUUCUGCAUGUGCUACUGGAGUUUUGUUAUUUUUCAAUUGGUAUUUUUUUGGUCUUCCAACGAAUUUAAUAAUGGCUCUAGUCGUCGUUAUUCCGUUUUCUUCAUUACGACAAGCACCUUCCUUCAGAUCAUAUGCUCUUAAUCAUUUGAAUCAAUCAAUUUCUACUAGAAAACCAGUGAAUAUCAAUCUAACGCGAAAGUUUUUGAGUUAUUGGGAACAAAACAAUGUUGCUUUAGUGAUACAUUUUAAUCGAAAUCAAUACCAGAGAAUUGAUUUUCUCACAAUUUACCGUAAACUUUUUCCUAUUGUUAUCUUCACAGGUCCAGAUCCACAUUCAAAAGUUCUUCAUUGUCCAGAAGGACGUUCAGGAUUAUAUGCAUAUGUAUGUCUCUCACGAGUCAUCACGCUACAUCCUAAUUAUACUGGCUAUUUAAUGUCUCAUUUCGAUGUAUUACCUAUUUUUCACAAUCUUGAAAAAAAAGAUUUGAAUCGCAUUUGGAUACCAUCGAUAGCCCUUACCGAUCCAUCAAAAGCUAAUAAUUGGCAUUGGCCAAAGCCAAGCGGAAAAAAAGCUUUUGAUAGAUUCUUUUCAACUCUUCGUAAUUCCAGUCAAAAUAAUAGUUUAUAUUCAAACUAUCUCGACAACUAUAUGAGAAAUGCUGGAAAAAAUCUCACGUCAUCAUUUUCUGAUAUAUUUUAUCUUCCGAAACGUUUCGUAUCCGACUGGUUCGUUUUAACAGAUUUAAUGCUACAGAAUCAUCUAUUUCUUGAGAUCGGGUUUGCAGCUACUUCAUUACUUAUGACUUCGACGAUUAUUUCGAAAGAAAUUAUUCAGCUCGAUGGUGAGAAUUGGAACGGAAAAGAUCCUAUCAAUAGGCUCUAUGAUAAAAACAAUUUAGAAUAUUAUCAUCGUAUUAGACAUCAAUCAAAAUUACAUCAGUAUUUUGUGGAAUCUAUUGUUAGAAGAUCUUUGAUUAAUUAA